GAAAAAAGAAGAACCUUUCCUUCUUGGUUGUGUCUCUCCUCCCAGUCUGUGGUGUGUGUGUGUCUCUCUCUCUGUCUGUCUCUUUUCUUUCUUGUCGGAGGCUGUGGGAUAAUGGCGUGUGGGUUGUGGCUGUGAGGAUGAGUUCCUGCUUCGUGCCGAACGGGGCCAGCUUGGAAGAUUGCCAUUCCAAUCUAUUCUGUCUGGCUGAUUUAACGGGGAUUAAAUGGAAGCGAUAUGUGUGGCAAGGUCCAACGUCUGCCCCGAUUCUCUUCCCGGUGACGGAAGAAGACCCUAUUCUGAGCAGCUACAGCCGUUGCUUGAAAGCUGACAUCUUGAGCGUGUGGCGGCGAGACCAGAGACCCGGGCGCAGAGAGCUGUGGAUAUUCUGGUGGGGUGACGACCCCGGCUUCACUGACCUGAUCCAUCAUGAACUAGCAGAUGAAGAAGAUGGUGUAUGGGAGAAUGGGCUUUCCUAUGAAUGUCGUACUCUGCUUUUCAAAGCAAUUCACAACCUGGUGGAAAGAUGUCUAAUGAACCGGAACUUUGUGCGCAUUGGGAAAUGGUUUGUGAAGCCUUAUGAGAAAGAUGAAAAGCCUAUAAAUAAAAGCGAGCACUUGUCCUGUUCAUUCACCUUCUUCUUGCAUGGGGACAGCAACGUUUGUACCAGUGUGGAAAUCAACCAACACCAACCCGUGUACUUUGUUAGCGAAGAACAUCUUACCCUGGCCCAGCAGUCCAAUAGCCCUUUUCAAGUUAUUCUUAGUCCAUUUGGAUUGAACGGUACACUCACUGGACAGUCAUUCAAACUGUCAGAUUCGGCUACAAAAAAACUAAUUGGUGAAUGGAAACAGUUCUAUCCUAUCACAUCAAACCUGAAGGAGGGGUUGGAAGAAAAGCAAGAAGAGAUGGAUUGGGAAGAUGACUCUCUCGCUGCUGUGGAAGUCCUCGUUGCUGGUGUGCGAAUGGUCUAUCCAGCAUGCUUCGUUCUAGUUCCCCAGACAGACAUUCCUGCUCCUAGCAUUGUUGGAUCGAGCAAUUGCUUGGGUGCCCAUCAAGUGCCUGCUUCCACAAGAGACCCCACCAUGUCUUCUGUCACGCUGACUCCACCUACGUCCCCAGAAGAAGUUCAAACAGUUGAUGCUCGUUCGGCCCAAAAGUGGGUGAAGCUUUCUUCUGUUUCUGAUGUAUUCAGCUCUGACAGCACGAGUCACCAUGGGGGCAAAAUCCCACGGAAGCUGGCCAAUCAUGUGGUCGAGAGAGUUUGGCAAGAAUGCUAUAUGAACAGAACACAGAACAAGAGGAAGUAUUCUGCUACAACAAAUGGCAUAUGUGAAGAGGAGAUGGCUGACAAAAUAGCGUGUUGGGAGUUUGUGGAAGCCACUCAGAGGACGAGCUGCAUUUGCUCAAGGCACAAAAAUCUAAAACCACGAAAUGCAGUUCAGCAGGGGCCGGUCCCUCCAGUGGGCCAGCAGCAGCAGGCAGCUCCAAAGCACAAGGCUAACGAGAAGCAAGAGAAAGGAGACAAGCCCCAGAAGCGUCCUUUGACUCCAUUUCACCACCGCGUGUCCAUUGGUGACGAUGUCACCAUGGAGGCGGACUCAGCCAAUCAGAGGCUGGUGAUCGCCACAUCGGACAACCAAGUGAGGUUUUCGAAUCUCAGAACUAAUGAUGUAGCAAAGACUCCUCAGAUGCACGGCACUGAAAUGGCCAACUCACCCCAGCCGCCGCCUCUCAGUCCUCACCCCUGUGAUGUAGCCGAUGAAGGGGCAACCAAAACUCCUUCCACUCCCCAGAGCCAUCAUUUCUACCAGAUGCCAACUCCAGACCCUUUGGUUCCGUCAAAAACAAUGGACGACAGGAUAGAUGGCUUGUCUCAGACUUUCCCAGCUCAGUUCCCAGAGGUUAUAGAGCCCACAAUGUACGUCGGUAUAGCGGUGAACUUGGAGGAGGAGGAAGCUGAUUCCACGUGGAAGUAUUAUAAGGUUCCAAAGAAAAAGGAAGUGGAUUUCCUGCCACCGCAGCUUCCAAGUGAAAAAUUCAGAGAGGAUCCUAUGGGAUGUGCAGGGCAGGACAACUUACCUUCGGCUACCGAAUUAAUGGUGCAAUGCAGGAAGCCCCUCAAGGUCUCCGAAGAACUGGUGCUGCAGUAUCAGAGUAAGAAUCAGUAUCUGGCAGCAAUAGCAUCUGACCAGGAGCCGGAAAUGGAUCCAUAUGCGUUUGUUGAUGGCGAUGAAGAGUUCCCUUUCCCUGACAAAAAAGACAGGCAGAACAGUGAGCGAGAAGUUGGGAAAAAACAUAAGACCGAAGAUGGGACUCCCAGUGUUGGAGAGGAUGCGAUGUCACUUUUUAGUCCUUCAGUCAAACAAGCGGUAGAUGCCCAGCGCGCUCCUCCUAACAAUCGCACGGCCUCAACUAGCUUGUUUCAUGAGAACGACCUCGUUGUCUCGCUCAACGACCUCGACAAUAUCUUCAAUUCCGAUGAAGAUGAGCUCACACCUGGGUCUAAAAGAACACUGAAUGGAGCAGAUGACAAAGCCAACUGCAAAGAGUCAAAAGCAGGAAACCUGGACCCCUUGUCAUGCAUAAGCACGGCCGAUCUUCACAAAAUGUAUCCUACCCCACCGUCAUUGGAGCAACACAUUAUGGGGUUUUCUCCCAUGAACAUGAACAAUAAGGAAUACGGCAGCAUGGACACGACUCCUGGAGGGACUGUCCUAGAAGGAAAUGGUGCUACCGCUGGAGUUCAGUUCAGGAUUGAGGUGGAUGAGGGAUUCUGUAGUCCAAAGCCUUCGGAAAUAAAGGACUACUCCUACGUUUAUAAGCCUGAAAACAGCCAGGCUUUUGUUGGGUGUUCCAUGUUUGCACCACUGAAGGCUCUUCCAAGCCAGUGUCUCCCACCCAUCAAACUGCCAGAGGAGUGUGUUUACCGCCAGAGCUGGGCUGUUGGAAAACUGGAGCUGCUUCCACCGGGCCCUGCAAUACCAUUCAUCAAAGAGAGUGAUGGAAGCACUUUUGAUCAAGAGUACGGCCCUGCCUACACUCCGCAAACUCAUACUCCCUUUGGAAUGCCCCCUAGCAGUGCCCCACCCAGCAACAGCGGGCCAGGCAUUCUCCCUUCACCUUCCACCCCUCGUUUCCCAACUCCCCGGACUCCAAGGACUCCUCGAACUCCCCGAGGGGCUGGGGGACCAGCCAGCGCUCAAGGUUCAGUCAAAUAUGAGAACUCGGACUUGUAUUCACCAGCUUCAACGCCGUCGACAUGCAGACCACUAAAUUCUGUCGAGCCUGCCACUGUACCUUCUAUCCCCGAAGCCCACAGCCUCUACGUGAACCUCAUCCUCUCAGAAUCGGUGAUGAACCUCUUCAAGGACUGCAAUUUUGACAGCUGUUGCGUCUGCGUCUGCAACAUGAACAUCAAAGGUGCUGACGUUGGAGUUUACAUUCCAGACCCAACCCAGGAGGCUCAGUACCGGUGUGCCUGUGGCUUCAGUGCGGUCAUGAACAGGAAGUUUGGCAACAACUCCGGACUGUUCCUGGAGGACGAGCUGGAUAUCCUGGGCCGCAACACGGAAUGUGGCAAAGAAGCGGAGAAGCGCUUCGAGGCCCUCCGAGCCAGUUCGACUGAGCACAGCGCCGUGUCGAAGGAGAGCGACCGGCUCCCCGAUGAGCUGAUCCUCUUGCUGCAAGACCAGUGCACCAACUUGUUUUCACCAUUCGGGGCGGCAGAUCAAGACUCUUUGCCCAAGGCCGGCGCCAUCAGCAACCUGGUACGUGUCGAGGAAAGGGAUUGUUACAACGACUGCUACCUUGCGCUGGAACAUGGGCGCCAGUUCAUGGACAACAUGUCUGGAGGGAAAGUGGAUGAAGUGCUUGUGAAAAGCACUUGUUUGCAUCAUUGGGCCAAACGGAACGUUGUAGAUGUGAGCAUGCAGUGUUCACAGGAUAUCCUGCGCAUGCUGCUGUCGCUCCAGCCUGUCCUUCAGGAUGCGAUUCAGAAAAAACGAACCGUUCGCUCGUGGGGCGUGCAGGGCCCCUUGACGUGGCAGCAGUUUCACAAAAUGGCUGGCCGAGGCUCUUACGGAACUGACGAGUCUCCAGAACCACUGCCCAUUCCGACGUUCCUGUUGGGGUAUGAUUAUGACUUCCUGGUGCUGUCCCCGUUUGCCUUACCAUAUUGGGAGAGGCUGAUGCUGGAACCCUAUGGAUCUCAAAGAGAUAUCGCUUACGUUGUGGUGUGUCCGGAGAACGAAGCUCUGCUGAAUGGAGCUAAAACCUUCUUUCGGGAUUUGACUGCGAUCUACGAGUCCUGCAAACUUGGCCAGCAUCGACCUAUCUGUAAACUGUUGCCUGACGGGAUCAUGAGAGUUGGUUCUACUGCUUCAAACAAGCUUUCCGAGAAGGCUGUUGCGGAAUGGUUCUCUCAGGCCGCUCAUGCCAACAACGAGUCAUUCUCUAGGCUCAAGCUGUAUGCUCAAGUCUGCAGAUACGAUUUGGGUCCUUAUCUUGCUAUGCAGCCGCUGGACAAUUCGUUGCUUUCUCAGUCAAGCCUGGUUUCUCCCACAAGCCAUUCUGCAUCCUCCCAAACUCAGAUGGCGGGCAGCUCCGCCCCUUCCUCCGCCCCUUCCUCUGCUAGCAGCAAUGCUGUGACAAUGAACUCGACCAGUGCCAUGGCCCCCACUGCCACUACAGGCAACUCCACCCUGACCACCUCCGCCUCUUCCUCCACAUCUUCUAGCGUGGGCAGCGGGAUAUCGACAAACAAACCUUCUUCGUUUCCACCCUUUGGCAGCAUGAACAACACUACUACUUCCUCUCUGUCCACGCAGUCUACUGCAGUUCAGAAUGGACAGUCAGGGGCACAGCAGCAAGCAUCUGGGGAAGCAUCAUCUGGCCUUGCGCAGCCACACCCGGAGGUUUCGGAGAGCACGAUGGACCGGGACAAAGUGGGGAUUCCCACCGAUGGUGACUCGCAUGCAGUCACCUACCCGCCCGCCAUUGUGGUCUACAUCAUCGACCCUUUCACGUACGAGAAGAAAGAGGAGAGCAGCUCUUCCAAUGUGUGGACUCUCGGCCUUCUCCGUUGCUUUCUUGAAAUGAUACAGAGUCUGCCUCCGCACAUCAGGAAUAUCGUUUCUGUUCAGCUUGUCCCUUGUCAAUAUCUAUUACAACCUGUCAAGAACGAAGACAGACAGAUCUACACCCAGCAUCUAAAAUCGCUGGCCUUCUCAGCCUUUACCCAGUGCCGGAGACCCCUCCCAACAUCAACUAAUGUGAAAACGCUAACCGGAUUUGGCCCAGGCUUAGCAAUGGAAAUGGCUCUGAAAAGCCCCGAUAGACCAGAGUGUAUUAAGCUAUACGCACCUCCAUUCAUACUGGCGCCCGUCAAAGACAAGCAGACCGAGCUAGGAGAAACGUUUGGAGAGGCCGGACAGAAAUACAAUGUGCUUUUUGUGGGCUACUGUUUGUCGCAUGAUCAGAGGUGGCUUCUUGCGUCAUGCACAGAUCUGUAUGGGGAAUUGCUGGAGACCUGUAUCAUCAACAUUGAUGUACCAAACAGGGCUCGUAGGAAAAAAGGGUCUGCUCGCAGGCUUGGUCUCCAGAAACUCUGGGAGUGGUGCCUGGGGCUGGUUCAGAUGAGCUCGUUGCCGUGGAGAGUCGUCAUAGGCCGCCUUGGCAGAAUAGGCCACGGAGAACUGAAAGAUUGGAGCUGUUUGCUGAGUCGCCGAAACCUGCAGUCCCUUAGCAAGAGGCUCAAGGACAUGUGUCGAAUGUGCGGGAUAUCUGCCGCCGAUUCUCCCAGCAUUCUCAGCGCUUGCUUAGUGGCGAUGGAGCCGCAGGGAUCCUUUGUCAUCAUGCCAGAUUCUGUAUCAACAGGCUCCGUCUUUGGGCGCAGCACCACCCUAAACAUGCAGACGUCUCAACUCAACACCCCGCAGGAUACGUCGUGCACUCACAUACUUGUGUUCCCCACGUCUGCCUCUGUGCAAGUGGCGUCCUCAACUUACACCACUGAAACCGGUUUGGACCUGGCCUUUAAUACGAACAAUGAUGGAGCCGAUGGAAUGGGGAUCUUUGAUUUGCUGGACACGGGAGAUGACCUUGACCCGGAUAUUAUUAACAUCUUGCCUGCUUCCCCGACGGGGUCCCCUGUACACUCGCCAAGUUCCCACUUCACCCAUGGAGGCGAUAUGGGCAAGGGUCAAGGUACGGAUCGGUUGCUUUCCACGGAGUCGCACGACGAGGUCACCAACAUUCUGCAGCAGCCCCUGGCCCUCGGCUACUUCGUAUCCACUGCCAAAGCAGGUCCGUUGCCUGACUGGUUUUGGUCGGCGUGUCCUCAAGCACAAAAUCAGUGCCCCCUGUUUCUUAAGGCUUCUUUGCACCUCCAUGUGCCUUCAGUGCAAUCGGACGAGCUACUUCACAGUAAACACUCCCACCCUCUUGACUCGAAUCAAACUUCCGACGUCCUCAGGUUUGUGUUGGAACAGUACAAUGCACUCUCCUGGCUAACCUGUGAUCCUGCGACCCAGGACCGGCGGUCGUGUCUCCCAGUUCACUUUGUGGUGCUGAAUCAGUUGUAUAACUUUAUCAUGAAUAUGCUGUGAUCUUUAUCUGAACUGGGCAAGUAAAACAGACACAAAAAAACAAAAGGGAAAGGAAGAUUUCACUGCAGGACUACGUGAAUUCUUCUCCACUACAAGGCAUUUUGUGAUGGAGG